UCCUCUUUCUUCCUUUACUGAUCAUUUUUGUUUUUUCAUUGGGAGAGAGUGUAGCGGGGAUGAUGAUAAUUAUUCGUUUGAAUUAAUUAACUGUUUUGUCGUGUGUAUUUAGCACUUCAGAAGGCCUGUAAAAUUUUUAGCAAAAUUCAAAGUGGUAAAAUUUAUGUGAAUGAUCUGCCAAUGAUCCAUCACACCUUGAAGAUUUUUAUAAGUGAUUUGGAAAUGCAAAAGGCACUAAAGACUGUUGAUAUUGAUGUUAAUGGAAUGCUGGAUUUUUCAGAUUUCCUUAAGACUGUGAAUGAUGUUUGUUAUUUGGUCUCCCAGGAUCCAGCAUUCCAGAAUGCCUUGAAGAUUUUCUGUAGGAUAAAAAGUGGUCGAGUUGCGACUGAUGAACUGGCUGCUGUUUUGGAUAGCAUGGAUAUUCCUGUAAUUCCUGAAACUUUUCAGGAAGUGAUAAAACAUGCUAGUAUAGACGGUAACCACAUGGUGGAUAUUAGAGAUAUUCUAUUUAUUUUGGAUGAACUACAGCACCAGUAUGAAGAUUUUUCAGUUAUGGAAUCAUCAGCCUUGGAUGAAUCUACUUCAAACAGAAAGUUAUCAAAUAUAUCAGAAUGUUAUCCACAGUAUAGGAUGAAAAGCAGUUUCUCUUCCAGACUACAUGAACCAUCAUUAUUCCCAAAGUUAAAUAGAAAACACCUCCAAUAUCAUAAAAUUAUGGAGGAUGAUGAUUACCUUGAAUUUAAAAGAUCAAAAAAUCCUUUGCAAAUAAAAAAAUUCCGAAAUGGGGUUGAUAGCAGUGAUAUAGGAUUCUGGGAACCAUAUUCAAAGGAUGGCAUAAACUUUAAGAAAAGUUCAGAGAAGAUUGAAAUUCAUGACUCAAAGUCUACGUCACAUAGCUUGAAGAGCAUUACAAGCCUCAAAAAGUCUCUGGUUAAAAGUGAUAAUUUUAGUACCCCCAAACUUCAGAAGCCAGCUGUGAGAAGGCAUUCCAGCCUCCUAAAACAGGUUUCGUCGAAAGAAAAGAUUGCAGUGAAUGCUCUGGAAAACAUCUGUGAAGCUAUCAAUAAACUCCAAGAAAAUUACAUUGCUGCAGAAGAACUUCAGUCCAUUUUGCCUUCAAUAGGAGUUACUUUAUCAGACAAAGAGUUCAAGGAGAUUGUGGCAAAGACUGCUCAAAAUGGAAAUGGAAUGGUGAAGUUAGAUGACUUUAUGAGCGCUCUCUCCAAGGAGGAAAGUCUCCCUGAAUGUGAUGUGUUGACUGAUGUCAUUAAAGCCAUUGAUAAAAUUAAAGAUGAAAAUAUUGAUUAUGAGGAUAUGAAUACUUGUCUUCAGCAUUUUGGAGUUUACCUUUCUAAGCCAGAAUUUGAGAAGAUCACAGAGUUGACUGAAGCUGACAAAACGAAAAAAGUGAAUUUUAAAGAUUUCAUUGAUACAAUGAUGACCAAUACGGAACGCUUCUCUGAAAAAUUAUUAUUU